CCGGUCUCGAAGAAGACGAAGGGUCGGCCCUGGAGAGAUGGAGAGUCAAAGGAGAAGGAGAAUGAGGGGUCGCAGAGAAGAUGACAGACAGAGGCGAUGCUGCUGCUGCAUUACGCGAACGUGCGCGUGCAUUGCGUUCGGACUCCUGGUCUGCCUGGCAGUGACGCUGUACUUCCUGAUCCCGCGGACGCCUGCGUUCAUGUUCGAGUCGGUCUCUGCUACCGGUCCGCCUGUAGUGACCAGGGACCGGAUCCGGGAGCCGUUUGCGAUCCAGCUCAUGGUUGACAGCAAGAGCAACUACCUCCCUCUCCGACUCAGUGUUAUCGACAUCAUUGUACAGCUUAAGCUCAACCAGACAAAGAUCGCCGACAACAACAACCUCCCCUCGUCUUCCGUGAUCCAGCCCCGCACCGCCCAGGUCAUUUCCAUACCCAUGAACCUCGACUACAAAUCUCUCCGUAUAGACCUAAGCUCGGAUGCAGUCCUUCAGAAACUGUUUGAGGUCUGCACACCUAUUGAUCCAAACACUGACACUGUCAUCCCAGGGAUCAACCUCGUCAUUAGUGGCAACAUGCAUGUAUGGGGCCUGUCUUGGGUUUGGAAACCAUCCUUCAGCUUAAACGUCGACAAUGUGCCCUGUCCGGUCAAUGCCAGGGCCCCUGCCUCGGAGACUCCGUCGGCUUCAUCCGUGCUCCCAGUUCCAUCGGCCACGGUCAUCAUGGCCAGCCUCACUGGUAACUCAGAGGAUCCCAUGGCGAUCACUGCAGUCGACGAGCACGAUCAAACUCUGUCGCCUGUGGCGAUCGCAACAGCGACAGCUCAUGGCUAGUCGCCGUCAUCAUUUUUGAUGCUUUCUCUUAUCUUUUUCUCCCCCUCCUCCUUUUCCUCUGUUCUUUCUUCGCUCUCAUCUUUCCCGGUUAUUUUUUCUCUGUUUUUGCUCGUAGCAUACUUAGACGCUUUUUUCUUUCUUUCUCUCUCUCCCUCAUCACAUUUCAUCUUAUGCUGACCCGCUCUAGCCUGUUACUUCCUCAUCCAGUGUACAUAUUUCUCAUAAAAGGAAGAAGGCUUCUUAGAUUCUUAUAAGAUAAAGCCAUGUACAUGUGUCU